AUGUCGACCCUGUCUUCUCUACUGCUCCUACCGGUGCUGUGCCUAGCAUCCAUCCCGCUGAUCCUCUCAGCAUGGGCGACCGUUUCAAUCGCUAUAGUAGCCCUGCUCGCACGCCUCGCAGUGGUCUAUGUUGAAGUAGGCUGUGCACUGCUCAUGAACUACUUUGUUAUUCCUACCUCAUCAACUUCCUCACUGCUUACAUUUAACCCAUCGGAACCUCCCAGUCCUGUCGUGGGCAGAUCUCGAAGAAACUCAGUCUAUACCCACGCCCAUAUCCAUGCUCAUAGCCACACCCAUAGCCAUGCCCGCAAAAGCAACGAGUCGCUAUCUUCCUGGGGCAUUGGCGGGAUCCCGGAUGAGCACAUAUCCAGAAACAAAAACACAUAUUCUCGCGUCAUGGCCGAGGCCCAUAAUUUAUCUCCCGCAGCACCGCUGCUCGGCUUGCCCGUCAGCGGAGACGAGCAGCGCGACUUCGAGAGUGUGGGUGGUUGGCGCUCAUACUCGGGUAUAGCAGCGUCCUCAUCUUCAAAGCUGCCCGGUUCAGCGCAUUCCCGCAACGAGAAAUCACCCGGCUCGACAUCUUCUCCAUCGGUUCAUAGUCUCGGUGGUGCCGGAGAGGCUGGUCGCGAGACCGAUAUGGAUGCAGAUGAGCGCGCAUGGCUAUCUCUCAAUCGCCGCUUGGAGCUUCCCUCGCAAGUAAUCAUGUUAGGAACUGGCUCUGUCUCUGCUAGUGCAGUCAAUAGUCCCGGUCAUUCGGAAUCUCCCCCUCUCAGCCGCACGCGGAGCAGUAACCUCCAAGCCCUAACGACGUCCGCAUGGCAACAUCAUCCCAGACAACACCUCCACCACCAUCAAGAGCAGCGGAAUCACCAUCGCUCAAAGACUACCUCUUUUGUGACGACAUCCGACAGAAGAAUGGGAACUGGACUGUCGAUCGCUUUAUCAACCCGUCCAGACCUUGCAAGCCCCAGUUCAUCGGUAUCCCCAUCAGCAUCGCGGCUGCCCGCUCCCUUCAUGACCCCGCAGCCCUAUUCCUAUUCUUCCAGUUCAUAUCCCCAGCAACAACGCUCAUUGGCCAGACGGCAACAAGCAGCAGCAAGCACUGGCCCCCAAACAGAUCUCUAUUCUUCCGGCGGUGGACGAGAUGGAGGAAGCUACUUCGCCCUCCCAAGAUUGGGACCUUCCCCAACUCGGCAGCGUGAAGCGACAAGCCCUCUUUCUCUUCAGAGCGCAUUCACUUCCCCUGGGGCUACAUCGUUCGAAGAUCGGGAUUCGCCAUCCCAAAAUUUAAACCUGGCGAGGUUCAUGGCGCAUUACCCUACCAGUGUUCGCCAUCGGAGACGGAGCCUCUCAGGACCGCAUUCGAGGGGAGGGUGUACCCCAGACCGCUGA